UACUAGCAAACCACACACAACCAAACCAGUAGCCUGUCGUACUGUAGAGAAAAGAGGAUAUCCGACUGCAACUGCAGGUGUUUGUAGCAUCUGCUAGUGAGAUACCGACAUUUAAAAUUUAUAAAUGUUAACACUUGGCAAUAUUAGACUUGGUAGCAUUUUCAUGACCCUAUUUGUGCAUUUUUUUUCAAGGUUUCUUUGAUUAUUACAAUAUUUGAUUUAUAUUGGUCUGUUAUGUUACCAAUACUAUUUACUUUAUAUAUGCUCCCUUUAGGCAACAUUAUUAGGAAUCACUCCAUUAACUUUCACUGUUAUGCAGAUGAUACGCAGUUAUAUCUAUCAAUCAAGCCCAAUAAAAUUAAUCAAUUAUCUAAAUUACAAACAUGUCUUAAGGACAUAAAAUCCUGGAUGACCUGCAAUUUUCUGAUGUUAAACUCAGAAAAAAACGAAAUUCUUGUUCUUGGCCCUAAAAACCUUAGAGACUCACUGUCUAAAGAUAUAGUCACUCUAGAUGGCAUUACCUUGGCCUCUAGCACCACUGUCAGGAAUCUUGGAGUUAUCUUUGAUCAGGAUUUGUCAUUUAACUCCCACAUAAAGCAGACCUCUAGGACUGCCUUCUUUCAUUUACGUAAUAUUACAAAAAUUAGACACAUACUAUCACAGACAGAUGCAGAAAAACUAAUCCAUGCAUUUGUUACUUCAAGGCUGGAUUACUGCAACUCUUUAUUAUCAGGUUGCCCCAAUAAGUCCAUUAAAACGCUCCAAUUAAUUCAGAACGCUGCAGCACGAGUACUGACAGGAACUAGAAAAAGAGAUCACAUCUCUCCUGUACUAGCUUCUCUGCACUGGCUCCCUGUAAAAUGUAGAAUUGAAUUUAAAAUCCUCCUCCUCACCUAUAAAGCUCUUCAUGGUCAGGCCCCUUCAUAUCUUAAAGAGCUCAUAGUACCCUAUUACCCCACUAGAACACUGCGUUCUCUGAAUGCUGGGCUACUUGUGGUUCCUAUAGUCUCUAAAAGUAGAACAGGAGCCAGAGCCUUCAGUUACCAAGCUCCUCUCCUGUGGAACCAGCUUCCAGUCGUGGUUCUGGAGGCAGACACCCUCACCACAUUCAAGAGUAGGCUUAAGACAUUCCUCUUUGAUAAAGCUUAUAGUUAGGGCUGGAUCAGGUGAGUCCUGAACCAUCCCUUAGUUAUGCUGCUAUAGGCCUAGACUAUCGGGGGAUUUCCCAUGGUGCACUGAGCUCCUCUCUUCCUCUCUCUUUCUGCACUCAUUCAUGUUCCAUUAAUGCAUGUUACUAACUUCACUUCUUCCCCGGAGUUCUUGUGCUUUCUCAUCUCGCAGGUUCUCAUGGAUCCUGGUGGAGCCUCCUGCCAUGGUCCUGCUAGACUGCCAUUGCCAAUACUGUUG